GACCGCCACAAACAUUUUUUAUCUAAAAAACACAUGGCGAGCAUGUCUUAAAAGUAAACAAAGAUGAAGUACAGAUUAACAAAUUUAAAACUAUCUAAAAAAUUAAAUCAACCUUUUAUUAACAAUGUUCGUCAUGCGUCAGCAAGUCUUGGUCUCUGGGAUUCAAACAUGACAAAUGAAAUCCGUCACAAAAUAGAAGCCCACUGGAAAGACAAAAUCUUAUCCGAAAAAUCAGAACCCAGCACUGGAGAAAAAUAUUAUGUCUUAUCAAUGUUUCCCUACCCGUCUGGCUGCUUGCACAUGGGCCACGUGCGAGUGUACGCGAUCUCCGACGCAGUAUCUAGAUUCCACCGUUUAAAAGGCCGGGACGUGAUCCACCCGAUGGGCUGGGACGCGUUUGGCCUCCCAGCAGAGAACGCGGCUCUAGAGCGAAAGAUUGACCCGCAAGAGUGGACCGAGAGCAACAUCUCCAACAUGAAGGCCCAGCUGAAGACUCUGGGCUGCGACUUUGACUGGGACUGCGAGCUGGCGACCUGCCACCCGGAGUACUACCGCUGGACCCAGGAGUUGUUCCUCAAACUAUUCGACCGGGGCUUGGCUUACCAGAAGCAGUCCUUUGUAAACUGGGACCCUGUUGACGAGACUGUGCUCGCUGAUGAGCAGGUAGACCAGAGUGGAAACUCCUGGAGAUCCGGAGCUAAGGUUCAGAAGAAGCUUCUAAAGCAGUGGUUCAUUCGCACCACAGCCUUUGCCAAGUCUUUGAUGAGCGGGCUUGAUGAUCCGAUGCUUAAGGAGUGGCGGGAUAUUAUCAAAAUUCAAAAACACUGGAUUGGAGAGUGCACUGGGACUUCCUUGGACUUUAAGCUGGUCACUGAUCUACCUGGCGGCAAGCCUGAGAGUUUUAAUGUCUGGACAGACCGGCCGGAGUUUAUUGAGCACGCUAAAUUUGUUGCAGUGUCUAAAGAUAAUUUUUUGGCGAAAGCUAAGAUCAAAAAUUUUGAUGAUCAAGAUUUAGAAACUGUGUUUUUAGACGCUACUGUUGUUAAUCCGUUUAAUAAGCAGGAACUUCCGGUUUAUUUUACGAAGAAUUUUGAAUUUUCGCAGCUUAGGGAUAAUCGAUUAGGAAUUCCAGGUUGUUCCGAAGAAGAUGCAGCAUUUUGCGUCGACAACGGCAUCGAUUUUACUAAAUUAGAAGAACUACCCCCCGAAGAGUUCCAACAAAAGCGUCAAAAAUCAAUGAAACAAGCUCGAGAAUGGAAAAUAGGAGGCUAUGAGGUCAGUCCAACAUUAAGAGACUGGUUGAUCUCGCGACAAAGAUACUGGGGCACGCCAAUCCCAAUAAUCCACUGCAAAUCCUGUGGAACUGUUCCAGUUCCACGAGAUCAACUUCCAGUGACUUUACCAAAGAAACUGACCUCAGACAAGGGGAUCCCCAAUUUGCGGCAAGCUGUUGACUGGCUGAAGACUUCCUGUCCAAAAUGCGGAGCUGAAGCGUUCAGAGAAGCCGAUACUAUGGACACUUUUGUUGAUAGUUCUUGGUAUUUUAUGAGAUACAUUGAUGUAAAAAAUACCUCCGAGAUGUUUUCAAAAGAAAAAGCUAAAAAGUUUUUGCCAGUGGACUUAUACAUCGGCGGAAAAGAACACGCAGCGCUGCAUUUGUACUACGCGAGAUUCGUUAAUCAUUUUUUGCACUCAGAAGGUCUGUUGCCGACGAGGGAGCCGUUCAAGCAGCUGCUGGUCCAGGGGAUGGUCAUGGGGAAGAGUUUCAGGGUUAAAGGCAGCGGAAAGUAUCUCAAGAGCGAUCAGGUUGAGAAGGUGGGCAAGAAUUUUGUUGAAAAAGAAACAAAGUUACCUAUUGUGGUUACUUGGGAGAAGAUGUCCAAGUCUAAACACAAUGGGGUUGAUCCUAUGGAGAUGUUUAGGGAGUAUGGCGCUGAUACUACCAGGCUGAUUAUGCUCGCGGAUGUUGCUCCUACUUCUAGUAGAAAUUGGUCGGAUGCAACGUUCCAAGGAAUUUUUAACUGGCAGCAGAGACUAUGGCUAACGAUUCGACAAUUCUUAAAGCGUCGUGAGAAUAUAUCGCUGGAAGAAGUCGCAAAUACUCCAACGACAGAAGAAUUUCUAAAAGACGACGCGUACCUCUGCAAUAGCAGGAACUAUUACGUAAAAGGCGUGACGUUUAACAUUAUAGGAUCCCAGCAACUGAGUGUCGCUAUUUCAAAGAUGCAAGGACUGACCAACAGCAUAAGGAAAGUCUCUCUCAACUGUCUGACUCACAGUCCAGAGUACGAAAAAACUCUGGGUACGCAAAUAAUAAUGCUGGCGCCCAUCGCUCCAAGGUUUGCUUCAGAAUUGUGGAGCGGAUUUUGCUCAGCUAAAUAUUUCUUAGCAGAAGAUUUUUUUAUGAAGGACAAAGAUGUGCUUCAGCAAAAAUGGCCGGUUGUUGAUAGCGACUUUGAGCUGGAUCUUGAUGUUGUUGUUAAUGGAAUGCAAGUAGAUCUCUUGAAGAUCAAAAAAUCUAUUUUAGACCAACUCUCAGCAGAAGCUGCUGCAGAUUUAGCUCUUAAAUCACCAGGAGCUCAGAGACACAUUAAAAAGAGAGAAAUUUUAGGGUUUAAGUAUUACUAUGAGCAAAAUUGUGAUGGAAAAGUUUCAUUUAAAGUGGCUAUUAAACCCGCUAGUGUUAAAGUUGAAAGUAGUUUGUAAAUAUUAAACUCUUGAUAAUUUUUAUUUAAAAAAUAAAAUUAUUUUUUAAAAAUAUAA